AUGGCUUGGAAUGGUAAAAAAUGUAUCAAAGAAAUAAAUCAAAUUUCAAAAACAUUACAAUUCUUAAUUGAAUCACAAUGUCCUUAUGAAGUAAAACAAUUAUCAAAUACAGUAAAAGAUAAAACUUUACAAACUAUUGUAAUGGGUGGAAAUGUUGUAAGGCCAUUUGAUAGUAAUAAAAAACGCAAUGAUGAAUCAAUGGUAGAUGAUAUAUUAUCAAGAGCAUCAGUUGUCAAAGAAGGUAUUGAUAUAUUUAAAUCAUUAGCUGUUAAAGGAAUAUUUCCUGGAGAUGGAGGAUAUAUUAAAAAUGAAUUAGAAGAAAAUGAGAAAAUAAAAACUCAUGAUUAUCAUUCAAAUAAAAAUCAAAUAAUUCAACGUAAAGAUGAAAGUGGAUUGAAGGAAGAAGAGAAAACAUUUUUAAUAAAAGAAGCUAGUUUAAUGGGAAAUGUUGUUUCAAAUGAUCCAUUUGUUAAAUUAGAAAUAAAAAAUAUUGAAAGUAAAAAAGAUUUUGUGUAUAAACCAAGAAUUCCGAAAAAUUAUGAUUUAUCAAUAAAUCAAGAUUUUAAUUCGUUAUCUAAACACGGUUCUGGUAAAACUGUACCAAGUACAAGAAUAGGUAGACUUGUGAAUUUUGGUUUUCUUGGUAUUGGUUUAGCUUCUGGUGCUGCUGCUGAAUUAACAAGAAGAAGUUUUGGUAUUAACAAGAUAAAAUCAAAUGAUAGUGUAACUGAUGGAAAUCUUUUUUUAACAUCUAGUAAUGCGGAAAGAAUAGUACAAACAUUAUGCCGUGUACGUGGAGCUGCAUUAAAAUUAGGGCAAAUGCUGAGUCUUCAAGAUGAAGAAAUUAUUUCAAAACCUCUUCUUGAUAUUUUUCAAAGAGUUAGAGACAAAGCAGAUUUUAUGCCUGUAAAACAAGUUCACAAAGUUAUGAAAAGGGAAUUUGGUAAUGAUUGGAGAGAUUUAUUUUUAGAAUUUAAUGAAAAACCCUUUGCUGCAGCAAGUAUAGGUCAAGUUCAUAAAGGUGUAACAAAAGAUGGCAAAAAUGUUGCUAUUAAAAUUCAAUAUCCAGGUGUAGCAGAUGGUAUUGAUUCUGAUAUAGAUAAUUUAAUAUCUAUUCUUAGUUUUGGUGGGCUAUUUCCAAAAGGAAUGUUUUUAGAAAAUUUCGUUGAUGUAGCAAGAAGAGAAUUAAAAUUAGAAUGUGAUUACAUAAGAGAAUUAAAAGCUAUGGAAAAGUUUAGAGAAUUAAUAGGAGAUUCAGAGGAUUUUUAUGUUCCUAAAGCAUUUCCUGAGCUUUCAACAAAAACUGUUUUGACAGCAGAGUUAAUUGAAGGUAAACCUGUUGAUAUGUGUAAAGAUGAAAUACAAGAAGUUCGAGAUUAUAUAGCAGAAAAAUUUAUAGAAAUAUGUUUAAAAGAAAUAUUUGUUUGGAGAUUUAUGCAAACUGAUCCUAAUUGGUCAAAUUUCUACUUAGGUAAACAUCCAGUGACAGGACAGCCACGUAUGGUUCUUCUUGAUUUUGGUGCUUCAAGAUCAUAUUCUAAAAAAUUUACAGAUUUAUAUAUGAGAAUUAUUAAAGCUGCAUAUGACAAUGAUAGAGAAAAAACUCUUAAAUAUAGCCGAGAAAUAGGAUUUUUAACUGGAUAUGAAAGUGAAACAUUAGCAAGUCAAAAACCCUACGAUUUUAAUAAACAAAGUGUUACAAAAAGAAUACAUGCACUUAUUCCUGUUAUGUUAGAACAUAGAUUAACAUCACCACCAGAAGAAAUUUACUCAUUACAUAGAAAAUUGUCUGGAUCAUAUCUUUUGGCAACAAGAUUAAAAGCAACUGUUUCUUGUGGUCAUCUAUUUACCGAUAUUUACAAAAAUUAUAUUUUUGGAGAUGAUGGAAGCAAAGAUAUUGACAUUGAUAGUGCUUAA